UCACUAAAAGAAUUUUCUAUAAUAUUAUACGUAAAUAUAAAAACUUGGGUCCAAAAUGUCUAUGACCGGAAAUUUUCUUUUCGUACAUUCAACGUUGUCUCUGUCAAAAGAUUCUUUUUCGUGAUUCUUCGUUUACCGUAAAGGAGGUUAGAAAAUGACUCGCAAACGCCGUAACGGAGGACGAGCCAAGCACGGCCGUGGGCACGUGAAGGCUGUGCGAUGCACAAAUUGCGCCCGAUGUGUACCUAAGGACAAAGCUAUCAAGAAGUUUGUGAUCAGGAAUAUUGUCGAAGCGGCCGCUGUCAGAGACAUUAACGAAGCCUCGGUUUAUGCCUCAUUCCAGUUGCCUAAACUAUACGCUAAGUUGCACUACUGCGUGUCCUGCGCAAUCCACAGCAAGGUGGUGCGCAAUCGCUCCAAGAAAGACAGACGCAUCCGUACACCACCCAAGAGCACUUUCUCUCGGGACAUGGCUCGUCCACAAAAUGUGCAGAGGAAGUGAAUGUUUAAUAAAUAAGUAAAAACCA